AUGGCAUCAGACUGUGGAGACGAGUCUACCAUCGUACCAGAGAAAGAUGACCAGUGCGACCCCUCAAAGAAGCCGCUGGGAUUCUCGAUUGCACGUAUCAUGGCACCGGAUAAAUCAACACUACCUACUUGUCCCUUCACUGCGAUGCUUCAAGACUGGAGACUUCGAAUAGGAAGCAGUGAUCCACACACAUUGCGAUCCAUUCCUCCCAUCGAGUCAUCAAUGCUGACAGCCCCUCCAGACACGUCGCUUUCUCUGGGCUUAGCCACCACUGCCCUCAGUCAGCUUGCUAGGCUACAUGACUCCUCUGGUCAUCCCUGGAUGCACUGCCAGAGCGAAUGUGUUUGUGAUGUGGGAAAUAGACUUUCGCUCACAUUCCCCGAUCGGCGGCCAGUGAGGCCUUAUCCGCGAUUAGCAACGGCAAUUGAACCUUCAUUGGAACUGGACAGUGCAAGCCGUCGAGUUAGUUUAGGCCACAAGCAAAAGACGUUUACGUGCGGUGAAUGUGGAAAAGUGUUCAAUGCCCAUUACAACUUGACGAGACACAUGCCGGUGCACACAGGAGCUCGACCUUUCGUGUGUAAAGUUUGUGGCAAAGGUUUUCGACAGGCUAGUACAUUGUGUAGGCACAAAAUAAUACAUACAAAAGAGAAGCCCCAUAAAUGUGCCACAUGCGGAAAAGCAUUUAAUCGCAGUUCGACUCUCAACACGCAUGUCAGGAUCCACGCUGGCUUCAAACCAUGGGUGUGCGAAUAUUGUGGAAAAGGAUUCCAUCAGAAGGGGAACUACAAGAACCACCGGCUGACACACACGGGAGAAAAGGCUUAUAAGUGUGGAAUAUGCACAAAGGCUUUUCAUCAGGUAUACAACUUGACAUUCCACAUGCACACCCAUAAUGAGAAGAAACCAUACACCUGCAAGGUCUGCGGCAAAGGGUUCUGCAGGAACUUCGACCUCAAGAAGCACACACGUAAACUCCAUGACAACCUCUCCCACAGGGGCCAUACGUCCGGUGAAGCAAGUUCUACAGCCACUUCCAUGGAGAUCGCUUCGACAGGUGUCCUACUGGAGCCCUCUGGCGCGUCUUGAGGCGCUCGUCAAAAAGCCAAAUGCGAGUCUAUCAAUGAGAAGCGUUACUAAUCAGAUCCUUUGAAGAAAAAGUGUCCUACAAUAUUUCUGUAUGGCAUGCAUGUUGCAUGUAACUCCAAGGCAUGUUAUGAACGAGGCUCUGCGUCAGUCACGAUACAGAACAAAUGCGUUGGAAAACGGGUAGCGUCGCAGAACAUACCUAGUGUGAUAUCCAGCGAACUUGUGGUAUUGUAGUGCGGGUGAUUUUGCAUGCAGAUCCAAACAAUAUGCAUGAAGCUGGUCACAUAAUUGAACGUGAGAUGUUUUUGGAUAUGACAUGCA